CCGACCCCGGCUCGCGGGCAGGGUUUUGUGUGCUGGAAACUUUGCUUUUGAGUUCGCUAUCAUCUCGUCUUGGAACAGUGGGGAUUAAAUUAGUAGGUGACAUAGUGCCAACAGCUUUGGAAAAGGAGGAGGAAGCUGCAGGCAGACUUGUCCCUGGGAAGUAGCGUGCUUGUCAGUCCGGGUUUGGAAAGCCACCCUUUUCUCCCUUUGCUGCUUUUAAUCGGGAAUUGCAUUUUGUGAAAAAGGAACAAAGAAGAAUUUUCUGCAAGGAUCAUAUCUAAGUGCACUUUUUGUUGAUGCAUCAUUUCUAAUCUUAUAGAAAAUUUCAGCUGUAGCCCUUGGACUAGAAGCUGAAAUAAUAGAAGCUGUGUACGAUGCAUUAGGGUAUUGAAGAAAAUUAAUUUUUGAAUUAAUAUUUGGAAUAGAAGGAAAGGUGACUGAAAAUGGGGCGGAAGAAAAUACAAAUCACACGCAUAAUGGAUGAAAGGAACCGACAGGUCACUUUUACAAAGAGAAAGUUUGGGUUAAUGAAGAAAGCCUAUGAACUCAGCGUGCUCUGUGACUGUGAAAUAGCACUCAUCAUCUUCAACAGCUCCAACAAGCUGUUCCAGUACGCCAGCACCGACAUGGACAAAGUGCUCCUCAAGUACACGGAGUACAACGAACCUCACGAGAGCAGAACCAACUCCGACAUCGUCGAGGCUCUGAACAAGAAGGAACACAGAGGGUGCGACAGCCCAGACCCUGACACUUCCUAUGUGCUCACGCCACAUACAGAAGAAAAAUAUAAAAAAAUUAAUGAGGAGUUUGAUAAUAUGAUGAGGAAUCAUAAGAUCGCACCCGGCUUGCCGCCUCAGAACUUCUCGAUGUCUGUCACAGUCCCCGUGAGCAGCCCUAGCGCUUUGUCCUACACUAACCCAGGGAGCGCACUUGUGUCCCCGUCGUUGGCAGCCAGCUCCACAUUAGCCGAUUCGAGCAUGCUCUCACCGCCUCAAGCCACGUUACACAGAAACGUGUCCCCCGGAGCCCCCCAGAGACCGCCGAGCACUGGCAGUGCAGGCGGGAUGCUGAGCACUUCAGACCUCACGGUGCCAAACGGAGCUGGAAGCAGCCCAGUCGGGAACGGAUUCGUAAACUCAAGAGCUUCUCCAAAUUUGAUCGGAACCACUGGUGCAAAUAGUCUAGGCAAAGUGAUGCCCACGAAGUCCCCUCCUCCCCCGGCGGGGAGCGGUCUGGCCAUGAACAGUCGAAAACCAGAUCUUCGUGUCGUCAUCCCUCCUUCCAGCAAGGGCAUGAUGCCCCCGCUGAAUACCCAAAGGAUAAGCAGUUCCCAAGCCACUCAACCUCUCGCUACCCCGGUGGUGUCCGUGACGACCCCGAGCCUGCCUCCGCAGGGGCUGGUGUACUCGGCGAUGCCGACCGCCUACAACACUGAUUAUUCGCUGAGCAGCGCGGACCUGUCGGCCUUGCAGGGCUUCGGCUCCCCGGGAAUGCUGUCCCUGGGACAGGUGUCGGCCUGGCAGCAGCACCAUUUAGGACAAGCAGCCCUCAGCUCCUUGGUUUCUGGAGGGCAGUUAUCUCAGGGUUCGAAUUUAUCCAUUAACACCAACCAAAACAUCAACAUUAAGUCAGAACCGAUUUCACCUCCCCGGGAUCGAAUGACCCCAUCGGGCUUCCAGCCGCAGCCGCAGCCCCCGCAGCCCCGGCAGGACAUGGGGCGCUCCCCUGUGGACAGUCUGAGCAGCUCGAGCAGCUCCUACGACGGCAGUGACCGGGAGGACCCCCGGGGCGACUUCCACGCCCCGGUGGUGCUGGGCCGGCCCCCGCACGCGGAGGACCGCGCGAGCCCCUCGGGGAAGCGCAUGAGGAUGGACGCGUGGGUCACCUAGGCGCCCGAGCGGCCGCAGUGAGCUGCCCGACGUACCCGAAUCGGUCGGUAAGGACGCGAGGUAAAUAUUUAUGUGUACAUACACACAUGUGUAGAGGCUGUGUAUGUAUGUGGGCGUGCGUGUGUGUGUGUGGGCCUAUCGCAUUCGCCGUCAGGCACUUCCCCGCGAGCUCCGCGUAGAUGUGCAGGUGUGUGGCCCCUGGCAAGCCAGGCACCCUGUAGGCAGUCUAGUCUGGCACUUCCUUGUUUCACGAGAUCACCAGUUUUUGCAGAGAAACGUACCCACGUGUGACUCUCCCACACUAGCUUGCGGCGACCUCGAGGGCCCCUCCUUGUGCUAUUUAACUGUGCGGUGACUUUAGUACCCAAGAAAAAUGCUUUGUAGACCAGAGCCGUAGAAAAGCAGGAACCAAGAAAGCAAUACUGUACAUAGAAUGUCGUUUAUAUUAACUCCCCAACCCGGCAUGGGUCUCUGUUGCAAAGGGGUGCAUGGUAAAGGGCUGUCGAUAUUAAAAAACAAAUGGAAAAAAAAAAAAAGCCCCACACAUAACUGUUUUGCACGUGCAAAAA